AGCCCGGCCCGGGAUGUGAGAACUGACUGGUGUUGUGCAGAAAUAAAAACCCUUCUCUCAACUCAAGCGUGAACUUUUAGCACCAUUUCAGCCUUUUUACGCAUGGAGACCUGACGAAACACACGCUUUCCGAUGCUGACCCGGAUCAUAUCGCUGUGUUAUUUAUUAUUAGGCUUUCAACAUUUCUGUGGUUUUAUUUCUUCAUCAUGGAAGCGCGCGCUUUGGGGCGCACUGGCGGUCUAAUGUUCCUGGUAGUUUUGUUUCUCAUGAAAACAACUGCUGGGGGUUUUGCAAGCAGCCCUUUGGUGACUGAAACUUAUUUAUCUGCCGACACUGAGGAUUCAGAUCAGUCUAUUGAUUUACAAACUUCCUCCAGAGCAGUGAUCAGCGAGGGGACAGCGAGGUUUGGUUACUCUUCCACAUCAGAAAUCUCACAUCUCCAUCCGAGGUUUUCAAAGAGGGAAUCUCACACUGCCACUGAUCAGCGUUAUUUCACGCAAAAUGGAUCAGAAAUGUCCACUAAGUUGCUGGAUUCCGGCACUAACACAUUAAGCAUCAACACAGUGAGUGAGUGGGAAGAUCUUUCUACAAUAGCCAACCUCACUAAUGUGAGUGCACAAGAGUUCAGGACUGUGAGAGAGCUCACUGUGACUAGGCUGACUGAGCCAGAACACACAGACCAGGAUACUUCAGAAUCUGGUUCAAGCGCCAUCAAGCAGAAGAACACAGACCAGGAUAUUACAGAAUAUGGUUCAAGCACCUUCAUGCAGAAACACACAGACCAGGAUACUCCGGAAUCUGGUUUAAGCACCUUCAAGCAGAAGAACACAGAGCAGGAUACUACAGAAUCUGGUUUAAGCACCUUUAAGCAGAAACACACAGAGCAGGAUACUCCAGAAUCUGGUUUAAGCACCUUUAAGCAGAAACACACAGACCAGGUUACUACAGAAUCUGGUUCAAGCACCUUCAUGUGGAAACACACAGACAAGGAUACUCCAGAAUCUGGUUUAAGCACCAUUAAGCAGAAACACACAGACCAGGAUACUCCAGAAUCUGGUUUAAGCACCAUUAAGCAGAAACACACAGACCAGGAUACUCCAGAAUCUGGUUUAAGCACCUUUAAGCAGAAACACACAGAGCAGGAUACUACAGAAUCUGGUUUAAGCACCUUUAAGCAGAAACACACAGAGCAGGAUACUACAGAAUCUGGUUUAAGCACCUUUAAGCAGAAACACACAGAGCAGGAUACUUCAGAAUCUGGUUUAAGCACCAUUAAGCAGAAACACACAGACCAGGAUACUCCAGAAUCUGGUUUAAGCACCUUUAAGCAGAAACACACAGAGCAGGAUACUACAGAAUCUGGUUUAAGCACCAUUAAGCAGAAACACACAGACCAGGAUACUCCAGAAUCUGGUUUAAGCACCAUUAAGCAGAAACACACAGAGCAGGAUACUUCAGAAUCUGGUUUAAGCACCAUUAAGCAGAAACACACAGACCAGGAUACUCCAGAAUCUGGUUUAAGCACCAUUAAGCAGAAACACACAGAGCAGGAUACUCCAGAAUCUGGUUUAAGCACCUUUAAGCAGAAACACACAGACCAGGUUACUACAGAAUCUGGUUCAAGCACCUUCAUGUGGAAACACACAGACCAGGAUACUCCAGAAUCUGGUUUAAGCACCAUUAAGCAGAAACACACAGACCAGGAUACUCCAGAAUCUGGUUUAAGCACCAUUAAGCAGAAACACACAGACCAGGAUACUCCAGAAUCUGGUUUAAGCACCAUUAAGCAGAAACACACAGACCAGGAUACUCCAGAAUCUGGUUUAAGCACCUUUAAGCAGAAACACACAGAGCAGGAUACUACAGAAUCUGGUUUAAGCACCUUUAAGCAGAAACACACAGAGCAGGAUACUUCAGAAUCUGGUUUAAGCACCAUUAAGCAGAAACACACAGACCAGGUUACUACAGAACCUGGUUCAAGCACCUUCAUGUGGAAACACACAGACCAGGAUACUCCAGAAUCUGGUUUAAGCACCUUCAAGCAGAAACACACAGACCAGGAUACUACAGAAUCUGGUUUAAGCACCUUCAAGCAGAAACACACAGACCAGGAUACUACAGAAUCUGGUUCAAGCACCUUCAUGUGGAAACACACAGACCAGGAUACUCCAGAAUCUGAUUUAAGCACCAUUAAGCAGAAACACACAGACCAGGAUACUCCAGAAUCUGGUUUAAGCACCAUUAAGCAGAAACACACAGACCAGGUUACUACAGAAUCUGGUUCAAGCACCUUCAUGUGGAAACACACAGACCAGGAUACUCCAGAAUCUGGUUUAAGCACCAUUAAGCAGAAACACACAGACCAGGAUACUCCAGAAUCUGGUUUAAGCACCAUUAAGCAGAAACACACAGACCAGGAUACUCCAGAAUCUGGUUUAAGCACCUUUAAGCAGAAACACACAGAGCAGGAUACUACAGAAUCUGGUUUAAGCACCUUUAAGCAGAAACACACAGAGCAGGAUACUUCAGAAUCUGGUUUAAGCACCAUUAAGCAGAAACACACAGACCAGGUUACUACAGAACCUGGUUCAAGCACCUUCAUGUGGAAACACACAGACCAGGAUACUCCAGAAUCUGAUUUAAGCACCUUUAAGCAGAAACACACAGACCAGGAUACUCCAGAAUCUAGUUCAAACACAGACCAGGAGACAACAGAAUUUAGUUCAAAUACAUUCAAGCAGAAGCACACAGACCAUGAUACUACAGAAUCUGGUUUAAGCACCUUCAAGCAGAAACACACAGACCAGGAGACUACAGAAUUUGGUUCAAAUACCUUCAAACAGAAACACACAGACCAGGAGACUACAGAAUUAGGUUCAAACACUGAUAGCACCUACAUAUCCACCACACUUAACCGUGCUGGAGAGCGCACUCUGCUGUCCAUCACAUUUAACAGCACCACUCCUUAUGAGGAGGACACCAGCUCCUCAGAGACAGCCCAGAAUGUUGUCACUGGGCAGAUGGAGAAUACAGGGGUUACUCAGCAUAUGGAGCACACCGAGAAUACUGAGUCUGUCCAUAGUGAGACAACACGAGAGGAUGUCCCUACAAAUUCCACCCAAAAGGAAGUCUUUGAGACCGAGGUCGCUCAUGGGUCCCAGAUUACAGAGUCUCACACAGGACAGCCCACUGUUACAGGAUCAGAUUUUGAGUCGAAGCCAAAGACUAGCAACCCCAGCUCCACUCCACCUUUUACAGUUAUCAACAGCUCUGAGACUGAAAUGGACACCACAGCCAAUUCUUCCACAAACCAGAACUUCUAUACAUACAGCAGUUCACCUUCAUCCUUAAUCUCUGCAUCUAUCCUACCAGAUGAUGCUCAUACCAAUGUGUCUCAACAGGAUGGUGAGACCACAGAGACUUCUACAGGACCUGUGAAUACCAGUACAGGUAAGAAACCAGAUGAGCCCAAGACGUUUAUGGAAGGAACUGCUAUUCCUGGCCUGACUACUGCACUGUCCACACUCUGGGAAAUGACUACAAGUGUGCAUGAGUCCCAGUCCACCCAGCAGAACUUCUUCUCCCCAACCGAUAGUCCUCCAGACCCCACAGAGUUCCUGAGCACAGCUACAGGACCUUUGACCCACAAGACACCACUUACAGAGGAGAACACGCAUAAGGCUAGCACUGUCCCUGAUGCUAGCACCAUACUAAAUAGCAAAGGCACCACAGCACCACUUACAACACAUCAAUUUCAAGCCAGCACCACUGGCGAUGUUCACAGUACACCACACAGUACCCUCUCUGCCACAGAGCCCACUAAGGGGACCACGGCUACCACAGAACAGCACAACCACACCACUGGCAUAGCCACGUCCUCUAUGUCUGGCAGUGCAUCUCAAUCAGGAGCUGGUGCCACUGAUGUGAGCACAUUGCACAUUGAGACCAGCACUGCUACACCAGGGAGUACACCAACCCACAGCCAACACACGACUGCAUCCUAUAAUAAGAGCACUCCCACCACUCCCACCAUGGUAAUAACCACAGGAAAGCACAUUAAAACUGAAGCCACAACCACACAGAUGCCUGUGAAGUUUAGCCUGACUCCUGAUCACAUAUGUAGGUCUCAAAUCUGUGCAAAUGGAGGCAAAUGUGUGUUGACUUCAGAUGGCUACAGGUGCGAGUGUCUGCCUGCCUGGAGAGGAGAAAACUGCACUGAGGAUGUAGAUGAGUGUGUGAGCAGCCCAUGCCCUCAAGACUCUUUGUGUGUAAACACCAGGGGCUCAUUCAGCUGUGACUGUGCUCUGGGUUAUGACUUGCAAGAUGGACGAAGCUGUACACAAACAAAGACAUUUUUGGGGAUUUUCAGUAUGAACAUUUCUCUGCAUGACUCGCAUAGAGAGAUCUUACAAUUGUUGAAUGCCUCACUCUCCAACCUGCGUGGUUAUAGACGUUCAACUUUGCGGCAUUUGGAUGGGUUGCACAUCUUGGCUGUGAACAUGUUCACUAUGUCUGCCAAUGUGACCAGCAUUGACAUUUUCGACAGGAUCCAGAUGUCUCUCAGAAACUGCAACAAACCACAGUCCCACUGCUCUUUAAAGCAUCAACAUCAGCUCACUUAUCAAGUGGAGAGUCUGUGCUCAGCCCAGAAGAAUAGAUGUGACACUCAGUAUGCUGUAUGCAAUGAUAGUGAUGGAACCCCAUACUGUCAGUGCCAUGAAGGAUACUUUAAAAAAAGCCCAGAGGACAGCACAUGUAGAGAUUGUGGUGAUGGCUUUCAACUUGUUAAUGGAACUUGCAUGGAAUGUCCAUUUGGAUUUGGGGGAUUCAACUGCAAUAAUUUUUAUGGGCUGAUAGCAAAGGUAGUUUCUCCUGCUGCUGGGGGUUUGUUGCUAAUCGUCUUCAUUGCUCUCAUCGUAACCUGCUGCAGGAAGGACAAGAAUGACAUUAACAAAAUCAUCUUCAAAAGUGGGGAUCUUCAAAUGUCUCCAUAUGGUGACUUUCCCAAAAGUAGUCGUGUAUCAAUGGAGUGGGGCAGGGAGACCAUUGAGAUGCAAGAAAAUGGCAGUACCAAGAAUCUCUUGCAAAUGACUGAUAUCUAUUACUCUCCAGCUUUACGAAAUGCUGAUCUGUAUAGGAAUGGGCUUUAUCCAUUCUCAGGCCUGCCUGGUUCACGCCACUCCUGCAUUUACCCAGCUCAGUGGAACCCAUCAUUCAUCAGUGACGACUCACGGCGAAGGGAUUAUUUUUGACCCUACAAUGCCUUGGACUGAAUCAUCAGUGCUCUCAUAAAGAAUGUAGCAAAGUCUCCAAAGCAAGAUGGAGCUGACCAUAGACAGGGAAAACAUUGACCACUAAGUAGCCUAUGAAUGUGAAAAUGAUCUGACAGGAAAGAAAUCAAAAUCAUUUCAUCCGCUUCUUAGAACUGUGAAGGGGAAUUGUGCUCAGUAUAAAUGCUGUUAGCAAAUUCAUUGUUACACAGAUGUUUGAAAUGGAAUAAGCCAUAGACGUAACACAUUAAAAGUAAGGCCAAUGAUACAACUGCUAGGGUAGUGUAAAUGUGUGCAUAUGUCUGUACAAGCUUAUUGUAUUUAAGCCUGAGAAGUUUGUAGGAGAUUUGUUUAAAAGCUGGCCAACUGUACAAUUUAUAUAUUGCUGUAGACCUUUUAAUGGGUAGUUGUAGCAAGAAAAAGUAGGUCCUUAUUUUAAGAUUCACUUAAGGAUGUGCAGUAAACUAGAAUGCACUUGGUGCUAUUUCUUUCAAAAUGUAGGUGAUGGCCCUAUACCCAUGAUAUCACAUUGAACAUUGCAACAUUCUUAUUUAUUCAAUUAACUUAAUGUCAUCAUAAAUCAUAAAUAUGCAUUUCAGUUACAUAUAAUUUACAUCAUGAUCUAUGGAACAACCUGUGUGUGCGUGUGUGUGUUUGUUUCGGGUGUCCGUGCGUGUGUGUGCGUGUUUGUGCGUGUGUGUUUGGGUGUGCGUGCGUGCCAAAUAUCUGCUAUUUGAAUACUUGUGAUUAUAAGGUGUAUUAUAUUUUUGUCAAUAACUUGCAUUUUUAAAGACUGAAGUAUUCUGUGUCUACCAGUAUUUUCUUUUCUCCUUUGUGGAUGUUCACUUAAAUCUGGCGUUUUAGUCAGACAUAUUUAAAUAAAGCAGCAAUAAAGAUGAA